GUUUGCCCGAUAAAAGUCUGUGGCUGUAUGGAAAUAACUUGCCGCUGCUUCCACGAAGGUAAAAAUCUUUUUUCAACAUUUUUACAAAUAGAGUAGACAAAUGAGGACAUUUUCAAAUUUUCCAUGUAUAGACAUGGAUCCAGCUCCAAGUUGAAAUUAAUGGAACGCUACGAGCGUUUGGGCAAAUUGGGUGAAGGGAGUUACGGUAUGGUUUUUAAAUGUCGAAAUCGAGAGAAUGGUCACAUAGUAGCCAUAAAAAAAUUUGUUGAAUCCGAGGACGAUCCGUUAAUUCGAAAAAUUGCUCUACGUGAAAUACGCAUGUUAAAGACAUUGAAACAUCCAAAUCUGGUGAAUUUGCUUGAGGUCUUCCGACGCAAACGAAAACUUCAUUUGGUGUUUGAGUUUUGUGAGCACACAGUACUCCAUGAGCUCGAAAGACAUCCAUAUGGCUGUCCAGAAAUAUUUACCAAGCAAAUUAUUUGGCAAACAUUACAAGCAGUUGCGUACUGCCAUCGACACAAUUGUAUACACAGAGAUAUAAAACCGGAAAAUAUAUUACUCACUUCCCAAGGGGUGGUGAAACUUUGUGACUUUGGAUUCGCAAGACUAAUGAAUCCAGGAGAAAAUUAUACCGACUAUGUUGCUACCAGAUGGUAUAGAUCUCCUGAAUUAUUAGUAGGUGAUACAUUAUAUGGUCCUUCCGUUGAUGUUUGGGCAAUUGGUUGCGUUGGUGCGGAGCUCAUUAGAGGAGAAGCUCUGUGGCCGGGAAAAUCCGAUGUUGACCAACUGUACUUAAUAAGAUCUACGUUAGGUGACUUAAUAGCUAGACACAUGCACAUUUUCAAAAUGAACGAAUUUUUUCGAGGUAUGAGUUUACCACAACCAGAAACUAUUGAACCACUGGAAAAAAAAUUACCCAAACAAACAUUAUCUAUUCCACAUUUGUUGGACUUUUUAAAGAUGUGCCUAGAAAAAGACCCAUUAAGACGAUGGACAUGUGAUCAACUCUUACGACACCCUUUUUUCGAUAAUUUCUCGUUCAAGUACCCGGAAGGAGAUUUAUACGAGUUUGAAAAACUUAAAACAUUUCGAGAAAAAUCAAAGAAUGGACAUUACGUGAAUAUAGCAUCAACGCUGUUUCCACAGAUACCGAGCAACAAUCAAAGCCCUGACUUGACUCGUCCUUUAAAAGUGGCGCAAAAACAUUUUGACCAUUUACCAGACAUAUGAUCAAAACUAUGUCAACAAUAUUAUCGUCGUCAGAAGUCGUCAUCACAUUACAAUCAUACUAUACCUAUUACUUACUACCUACUUACCUAAAUUAACCUUGCAUAUACCGUAAGAUAUUUCACCUGUUUACCUAUUAUGUACCUGCUAUGUUGUGAAAAAUAUAUAUUAUAUUAUGUUCAAAGUUUAUUUACUAUAAUUUAUCUCAUGUUUUUAUAAUAUAUUUU